GGGCCGGUGGUGGCGGCGGCGGUUUGUUGUUGGGUUGGGAGUGCUGUGUGAAGUGACCCGACGUUUAGCCAUUGAGUGACGAACUCUGCGCUUGCGGUUUAAUUGAACGAAACGCCUUUUUUUCCGGAGUACAUACAUUCCAAAGACAUGGACAGGAUAUUGGAAGCCAUGAUGGUGUCGCAUCAUCCAAUUUCUGUGAAGCAUUGCCUUGUGAGGCGUAUGUUAGAAGCAGCAAAGCAGCCAUUGGACAGUGGCCAAUGUUGUGCCAUGUUCGAGUUAUCUAUAAAACUAAUUCUCCUUGGUGACACUAAAUUCAAAAGGGAUGUGGGUAAGGAGGUUCUAAGGGCCUUUGCUGAAAACCAUGGAGCAGAGUUUGAAAAAUUCUUUAAUGUGAGUUUCAUCUUGAAAUUGCUGCAAGAUGGUUAUGGAACACUAAGUAGAAGAAACAUUGGUGUAUUGGAAUGCAUUCAGUUAGGAUUGAAGUAUAUUGAAGACAGUGAUUCGGCUUAUCGAGUGUUUCAGGCCCUUCAAAUUGAGCUGCUUCGAAUAGUGUGUGAAAGGCCUGGACCCAAGCUUUGUGCAACACUUUGUAAACUUCUUUCUGAAUUUCCUCAAUCGAUUCCGAGUGGGAAACUUCAAGUGGUGUUCUGUCAACAACUUGUUAGAAGUAUAGGACAGUUCCAGUGUAGAUCCAAUGGGGAGGAUGAAAUAGUGGAAUACCUGGAGCAGGUAACCAGAAUUAGCAGAUUGCUGCAGAAAAUAUGGACAAUUCAAGCUGCAGUCAUCAUUCCAUCCUUGCGAGAGCUGUUCAUAGUUAUUUCAACAACAGAAGGAUCUGAUGGGCCAUCAAACGCACUGGCUGCAGUGGUCCAGUAUGUUCCAUUAGAAUUCCUCGAUGGAGUCAUUCGAAACUUGACCAAUGAUGAUUCUAUCACAGAUGCAGAGCUGAUGACUGCUCUUGAGAAUAUGAUUGACUGGUUGUCAUGGCCAUUAGCCCAAAAUAUAGAUAAGUGGAUUGUUGGCUUACUGAAAGGUUUGGCUGCUGUGAAGAAGUUCGCUAUUUUGAUUGAUGUGACACUUUCAAGAAUUCAACAGGUAUUUUCAAGAUUGUUUUAUCCAGUUACAAGACCUGCAGGACUUGUUGUAUUGAAGUACAUGCUGCUAAAUUUCCAACACUCGCCAGAAGCUUUUCAUUUGCUUGUCCCUCAUCUUCCCAAGUUAGUGGUGUCACUAUCUAAAGAGGAAUCUGCCUCUGGAACGAGCUGCCUUAAAGAACUCACUGAAUUGGUCCAUUGCAUGAUCUUUCGUUUUUCAGGGUUCCCGGACCUCUAUGAGCGUAUCGUGGAGACACUAAAGGAUUUUCCUAUUCCAAACGAGGAGAAAAUAAAGCAGCUGCUCGAACAGAAUACUUGGACCACUGAGAAAAAUACAUCGGUAUUGUUUCAUCCAUCAUCUUCUGAAAAGUCAAUAACAGGAAGGACAGGGCUGGUCAAUCUAGGCAACACCUGUUACAUGAAUAGUGUCAUCCAGGCACUUUAUAUGGCUUAUGACUUCAGACGUGCAGUAAUACUACUGAAGGAAAUUGAUUCACAACCAAUAAUGCUGAAACUACAGUGGCUGUUUGUCUUUCUCGAACACAGUAAGAGACCAGCCAUCUCACCUGAUAGCUUCUUGAAAGUUUCAUCUCCUCCAUGGUUUAACCCAGGAACCCAACAGGACUGUUCCGAGUACUUAAAACAUUUGUUGGAUAGGUCACAUGAAGAAGAAAAGAGAGUGAUUUUCCACAAGCUGAAAUGUUCAGGCAGUGAAAUUUGUAUGGAAGAUGAUCAAGAUUCAGAAAAGACAUUAAUAGAAAGAAUGUUUGGUGGGAAGAUGGUAACCAGGAUCUAUUGCCUUUGCUGCCGCAAUGUUUCCUUUCGCGAGGAAGCUUUCACAGAUCUGUCUCUUGCCUUUCCACCACUGGACAGAGUUCUGCAUAGAUUUGGCAGUUCAAAUGAUCCUGCUAUUUCAGUGGAAAUUGUAGGCUCAGAUAAUUCAAUUUCCCACUUAAAACCACAGAAGGCCACUAAGUCUGGAGGAAAACCGAAGCAAACAAAAUCUAGAGACUCUUUUGUACGAGUAAUGCCAAUUGAAAUAAUAGGUUCCAAUGGAAAAGCAAAGAAGGAAGAACCUUCAGAUUCUAAAGAGACAAAAAGGGAUAAUCUGUAUCCAUAUAGCACAAUACCGAAGAAAAUUGAGUUUGCAAUGGCUUCUGGGGAAAAAGCAUGUGGUUCAUCGAGUUCGAGAUCGGUCUCUGACCUCAUAAACUAUUUUCUUUCACCAGAAAGGCUAACUGGUGACAACAGAUACUACUGUGAAAAGUGUACCUCCUUGCAGGAUGCUGAAAAAGUGGUGGAAUUAACAAGGGGACCUCAUUAUCUCAUCUUGACUUUGUUAAGGUUCUCCUUUGAUUUAGUAGCAAUGAAGCGAAAGAAAAUUCUAGAUAAUGUAUCUUUGCCUUUAGUUCUCAAGCUACCCAUCAGAGUGACUGCAAAAAAGGACAAACAAAUAGUCGAUGCUGACACGCCGGGUCAUCACAUCAAAAAAUUGAGACAUUUUGCAGACAAUGUCACAUAUUUGUCACUUACUUAUGACCUCUGUUGCAUAGUGGUGCAUUCUGGCAACUCUUCAGAUAGCGGACACUACUAUUGCUAUGCCAGAGAUUGUGUAGAAGCUGAGUCUGGAAUGGGUCCAGAAGUUAAUUUGGAAAAUGAAAGAAGAUCAGAGAACCAGUGGUACUUGUACAAUGACACAAGAGUUUCCUUUUCAUCUUUUGAAUCAGUCAGCAAUGUUACAAAUCACUUCCCCAAAGAUACCGCUUAUGUACUGUUCUACAGACAGCGAGCAGGAAAACAUACUUGCCUAGGCAAUGAAAGUGUGUUGGAUAACGUGAAAGUGCAUAGAGAGACACCAAAACACACAGAGGUGAUGGAAGCCAUCUCUAAAGACGAUAUUAAGUAUUUACAGGAACAAGAAAUGGAAGCACGGAGAACAUCCACAACGUCUAUAACAACCCCAGUACAGUGGAGACGUUUUGAUGAUGAUCAAGAUGAUGGUCCUUCUGGAAGUUGUGGUCCUGCUGCUGGAGGAGGAAGUGACUUUGGCUCAUUUGAACAUCUAGUUUUCUAGCUGCAUUUAAAGGGUUUAUUCUUUCACUUGAGUUUAUGGUUUGCAUAGUACAUACUGCAUGAUUCCAAGUGUCCUUGAAGAGAAAAGGAAUUCAUCCUUUAUACUUUAGGCAAUCAUUCUGAAUAAGUAUUUUGUUCUUAUUAAGGGACUGUUGAGAAAAUGAACAUUUGCCGAAUGUGUGGAAUCAAUUGAACAAAAUUAAAGGAUUAUAAUGGGAAUAGAUUCUAAACAAAUUGAUCAUAUCUGGUAGGUGCUGGGUUUAUAAAUAGUAUAUUACUCCUUAUAUAUUAGAUGCUUAUACUAUUAUGUAUCCCAUAAGGUCGGUUUUCAAAGGGAUAUGUCACUUUAGAUCUACUGUUGUCGGUCUGAUGUUGGGUCUCCCAAGUGGUUCCUUAAUUCCCAUGUGACUUCUAAACUUAUUUAUAUAAGACAGAUCUUCCUGAUUUUCUUGUUAUUUUAUUUAUCUCUGCCUUUUCAAUAAGAUGCAAAGCAACAAUUUGGUAACAGAUUUUCAAACUGUCAAAAGACCUUAACUCAUUUGUUUUAACUGCUCAGACAUUUACUAUUGUUUGACUGACAUAAAUAUGUUAGUGAUGACAGAUUAACUUCAGAUAACAAUCAGAAAAAGCAUAAUCAGUGACAGUGCAGAAGAUACCACCUUGUGCAGCAAUGUGCCAUACUGACUGGAAGCUUACACGUUAGUUAAAUUCCUGGAUUAAGAAAGGAAAAAUACACCAAGUUUCCUUAUCACAAUCCAGACUUCCCGGCUGCAAGGUGGAAUACAGAUGAUGACAGAAUUGGGCUCUACUGUGGUACUUUUCACUCUGUUGCUAUUCUUCCCUCACCCUCCCCCCCCCCCCCCCCCCACACACACACACACUCCUUUGCAGUCAUUAUUUCCUGAAUUAUGACACUUGAAAAAGGGAGACUCUCAGUGAAUGUGUACUGGGCAGAUCACUGAAAAGGAUUGAAGUUUUCAGGAAGAGAUUUAACAGGUGGAGAAUGACCCAACUGUGUGCCUUCAUAGGCUGUUGUGUGAACAUUGUUAGUACAGUAAUAAAAAAUAAAUUUUAACCUAAUCAGUCAUGCAAAAGUUACAACUACUAAUUAACUGCCAAUUAUCUAAUAUCAACUAAUUGUACACUUGUAUGUCCUACGUAUGUCCAAAUGUUAGGGUCAUGUUUGAAAUAAUGAAGUUGUAAUGUUGGAAUGGCCCUGAAAGCCUCAGCAUUUGUGCACUUUAUUAGCUCUUGUAUAUUUUUCUAUAGUAAUCCAGUCCUUCCAAGGAUAUAAAAAGAAACUGUUUGCAGUGAGUCUAUUAAAAACAAGUUUUGUGAUCA